AGAAAAAUCACAAAAAGAUAAAAAAUAUUUAAUUUAAAAGAUUUCGAUUAAUCAAAUAUAAAAUAAAGCUAAUUAAUGAUUUAACCAAACUAACAAUAAUACUUAUAACUUGAUAAUAAAGUUGCAGGUCGUGCUUGCUUCUUGGCCACUAACUUGAUUAAUGUUUUAGUACAUACCUUGGUCCUUUAUGAAGUUUAUCAUAAUAUUGGAGCUAAAAUUUGGGUCUUAUAUGUCUUGCUUGGCUACCUUGUUACUUACUAUACUUUGGGUGUUGUUUCUGCAAUUGAUUAAAAUUAAUCAUUACACAAAUUUUAUAAGAUUUCAUGCAUUAUCAUUAGUGUUGCUCACUCUAUUAUUGCUUUAAUUUGCCUUGGUUGUGUAAUUUACUUGGGCACAAAGCCAUCUUAUGGAAGCGUUGCAGACUCUUUGCUCUUUUUACUUUACUUAGCAAUUCUUAUUUGCACUGUAAUUGAAGUCAUCAUUGAUUAUUCUAAUUACAAGUACAUUAAUCAAUUAAUUGCUUCUUCUAGCAGCUAAUAUUUCCUUGGUUACUCUCAACCUGCUUAAUUCGCUCAACCUCCUAUCCAUUAAGUUGCCCAACCCUAAUAACCUUAAGCAUAGUUUAGUCAACCUUACGUUAUUCACUACCCUUAAUUACAAUAACAAAUUCCUUAACAAAAUAAUAUAGAUUUAAAGCAAUAGUAAUUCGCCUAACCUAUCACUGCUGAUGUUUUGAAUGCUUCAUACACUACUCAUAAGUAGCCUUUAAUUUUAUAAAAUGGCUUUACUCAAUUCUAAUGA